GAGAGAUCAUCUAAGCCACAACUCAGGUUGAAAAUAUUAAAAAAUUUAUUGACUUGUCGCUCUUUUUUUUUAUUGUUUAGUGCAAAAACAAGCUCAAUAUGCCUACCGUCAACGUUGACAAGUUAGCUCUUUUUGAGGCCCUCGGAAGAAACUACACUUCUCAAGAAUUCUUUGAGCUUUGUUUCCGUUUUGGUAUCGAACUUGAAGAAGACUCUUCUGAAAAGGAAGUAGUAGAAAAGAGUGGAGCUAAAGAUACUGGAAAUGUGCCUGAACGACCUACCUUAAAAAUUGACAUUCCUGCCAACAGAUACGAUUUAUUAUGUCAAGAAGGUCUGGCUCGUGCUCUUCGUGUAUUCGAAGGCAAGGCUAAACCACCUACUUACAAAAUUGUCAAACCAGCAGACGGCAAGCUUCAACAACUUCAUGUUCAAUCUUCAACUCAACAAAUCCGUCCUUACAUUGUCGCUGCCAUUUUACGCAACAUUACCUUCACGGCUGAAAACUAUGACUCCUUCAUUGACCUCCAGGACAAGCUUCACAACAAUAUUUGUCGCAAGAGAACACUUGCCUCAAUGGGUACUCACGAUUUAGAUACCAUUCAAGGUCCCUUCUCUUAUGAAGCUUUACCUCCCAAGGAUAUCAAAUUUGUUCCAUUAAACAAGACAGCUGAAAUGGACGGACCUCAGCUGAUGGAUUUUUAUGCUGAAGAUAAGCAUUUGAGCAAAUACUUGCACAUCAUUCGCGAUUCUCCUGUUUAUCCUGUUGUUUUUGAUGCCAAUCGUGUUGUUUGUUCUCUUCCUCCUAUCAUCAAUUCUGACCAUUCAAAGAUCACCUUGAACACAAAGAAUGUCUUUAUCGAAAUCACCGCCACUGAUGAACACAAAGCCAGCACUGCCUUGAACACACUUGUCACCAUGUUUUCAGAAUACUGUGCUGAACCUUUCACAGUUGAGCCUGUCGAAGUUGUUUACCCUGAUAACACCACCAAGGUUUUCCCUGAAUUAGAGCCUCGUAAGGCCAGCGCAAAGGUUGAUUACAUCAACUCCUGCACGGGUCUUGACCUUGAAGGUGAAGAAAUUUGUCGACUUUUGAACAGAAUGUCAUUAGAUGCCAGUGUAGACCCCAAAGACAACAACCAAGUUUUGGUCAACGUUCCACCUACCCGUUGGGAUAUCUUACACGCUUGUGAUAUUAUGGAAGAUGUAGCCAUCUCUUACGGAUAUGACAACUUGACUAAGAAGAUGCCUAGUGUCAACACCUUUGGUGCUCCUUUGCCCCUGAACAAGCUGAGCGACAGUGUCCGUAGAGAAUUGGCCAUGUCUGGAUUUACCGAAGUAGCUCCUUUAAUUUUAUGCUCUCAUGAUGAAAACUUCAAGUUCCUUAAUCGAGUAGACGAUAACAAGACAGCCAUCAAACUCGCUAAUCCAAAGACAAUUGAAUACCAAGUAGUCCGAACUUCACUUUUACCUGGUAUCUUAAAGACACUCAACUCCAACAAAAAAUUGGCUUUGCCCAUCAAAAUUUUUGAAGUAUCUGAUGUCGGUUUUAAGGAUGAGACACGCGACCGUAGAUCUAGAAAUGAAAGACACAUUUGUGCGACUUAUACAUCCAAAACCUCUGGCUUCGAAGUCAUCCAUGGUCUCUUGGAUCGUAUCAUGGCUAUGCUCAGUACGUCUAGAAUUCACAAGAACGACAAGAAUGAGCUGGGUUAUUGGAUUGAAGAAGCAGAGGAUCCCACGUAUUUCCCUGGUCGAUCAGCUUACAUUUAUUUGAGAUAUAUUGAUUCUGAAUCCCAUGAACGUAAGGAGUGUAAGCUUGGUUCCUUUGGUGUUCUUCACCCCACUGUUUUGGAGAACUUUGAAUUGACCAAUCCCACAACUGCCCUUGAAAUCAAUAUUGAACCUUUUGUUUAAAAAUACUAAUAAAUGUGUAAUAUGCAUCUACAGUCAUAUAUACCUAGAUUUC